UCUCAGCUUCCGCCCCCAUCUCUCUCUUUCUCUCUCUCUCGCUGCGCGAUUUUCACAUCUUUUCGAAACACACCCCCUAAAGAUCCGCUCUCAGAGCCGCCGCUGUCGGUGGCUGCUGACAUUCCACCUAGAAAUUCCCGACCAAGUUCCCCCUUUCUUGGCUAAGUUUGGAAAGGUUCAUACUUGUUCAACCGCAGUUGGGCGCUUCUUUAAAUGGGGAGGCACUCUUGCUGCUACAAGCAGAAGCUGAGGAAAGGCCUCUGGUCGCCCGAGGAAGACGAGAAGCUGCUCCGGUACAUCACGCAGUAUGGCCAUGGUUGCUGGAGCUCUGUUCCUAAGCUUGCAGGUCUGCAGAGGUGUGGGAAGAGCUGUAGAUUGAGGUGGAUUAACUACUUGAGGCCUGAUUUGAAGAGAGGCACAUUCUCUCAAGAAGAGGAGGACCUCAUCAUUGAACUUCAUGCAGUUCUGGGGAACAGGUGGUCUCAGAUUGCAGCACAGUUGCCUGGAAGAACAGACAAUGAGAUCAAGAAUCUGUGGAACUCUUGCCUGAAGAAGAAGCUGAGGCAAAAGGGCAUUGACCCUGUCACUCACAAGCCUCUCUCUGAGGUUGAACAUGGUGGUGAUGACAUGAAUACCACACCCAAAAGCCAAGAAAGAGCAGCAUUCUCUGGGUCCUCGAACGGCCUGUCCCAGACCCAACAAGCUACCAAUUCAGAGAACAAUGUGUUUGAGCAUUGUUCCAGUUCAAACGCCAACACUAGCAGCAAGAUCAGCAACCUGAUGAGUUCUGGUCUUGACAAAGACUGCUUCCAAAAUGGACUCUUGUGCUCUACCUCCAGUUCUCAUCCUUCUGAUGAUUUGGUGGGUCAUUUCCCACUUCAGCCACUGAGUGAUUACGCAUCCAGUUCAAGACUCGCAGCAGCAAUCUCCAACCAUAGUCCUUGGUUUGGACAAAGCGGCAAAAGUUUCGGCAUGAACACAGAAUUCGGCUGCAGCACAAUCCCUGCCAUCAUUCCACAUUCAACCAUUUCAUUUCAUCAUGACCCAGUAGGCUAUAGACCUCCCAUGACCGUUCCGAACGAUAAUUACUGUUUCAAGUCGCUCCCGGUCGAUGAUUCCAGAUAUUGGGAAGUGAAUGCUCCUAGCAAUAGCGGCGCGGGGAAUGCGGAAUUGUUAAGCAGCAGCUCUUACUUUGAGAAUAGCGUGUUCUCUUGGGGCCUAGAGAAUUGCAACGCAAUGGGGAAAGAAGCCGAGAUGAACAAUUCUCCAGGCGGCCAUGUCGGGGAAAUGAAGUUGCCCGAUUAUUUUCACAACCCGCUAUUGAUAGGAGCCGCUUCGCAACACCAGGUGCCGCAAUCUCUGUACAACGAGAUCAAGUCGGACCCUCACUUCGAUCCCAAUUACAGCUCCAGUGCCGCGUGGCUUCAAAAUCAGCAAGACCAAGGACUUUUGCCAUCAUCUGAUAUAUCAUCAGGUGCUAAGAACAUCCAAAGACUCACUGCUCUACUUGGACACAUUUAAGCAUGCUUCUUUCUUGCUUAAUGAAGGAUCAAAUUGCGGAUCUUUCGUCCCAAAAUUGGAGAAAAACUCGAAGAAAAUACCGAGACAGGCAUUACAGGUGUGUGCUGCAAUUUUUCUUCUUCUUCCUAUUUGUGUAUAGCUAUGAUAGUUUUCAAUCAUCUUUUUGAAUAACAAUGAGUACAUGUGAUCUCUCAAA